AACAUGGCAACCCUGCGGCAGACAACACCGAAACUUCUUGUCGGCUGAUACUGAAUGCCACGCCUAUGCUUCGAUCACACACAAACAUCAUAGCGGGCUAUUACGCUGAUAGCUAAAAAUGGCUAGCAUAGCAGUCAGUAAUGUACAGUUUAGUGGUCUAUGAUGUCUCCGGGUGUUAAAUUUAUAAUCUUGAGAGAAUGUCGCGGGUAAAUGCAGACCAGGAACAUGCAGCUCUGACUGAGUGCGGAUAUGUCCACCCCACAGAGGCACUGAAUGAUGUCAGGGCUGUGACCGCAGUUUUCAGGGACCUGGACCUGUAUGUGGACUUCUACUGCUACAGCGAUGGAAACAAAAAGAAGCUGGUGAAUUUGGCCGGCACCAUUCCCAUUUGGUAUGAAGGUAAUGUGUACGACAUCCCAAUAUGCAUUUGGCUUCACGACACGCACCCUCAGAGUCCCCCCAAGUGCUCUUUGCGGCCCUCGGUCGCCAUGGUGAUCAACCCCAAGUGCAGCUGCGUGGACGCGAGGGGCCACGUUCACCUGCCGAUCCUCAGCGCCUGGCAGCCGGGACAGUCCAACCUUUCUACUGUGUUGAAGGAGAUGAGUGCAGCCUUUCAGCGGGAGACCCCCCUGUUUGCCAUGUGCCCACAGACCCCACCCCCUGCCCAGCACCCGCAGUCUCCUUUCCUACCAGGCCACCACAACCCUGCGCAGUCUCUCAACCGCUACUUCCCCAGUCCCAGCCAGCCGUACCCGCGGAGCCCCUCUGCUCAGCACGUGUUAGCCGCCAGUUCCACGGCCUCCCCCGUUUCCUCUCUGCAGGGAGCCGGCGAUAACACCCCGCCCACUGCCGCCGCCACCAAACUCAGCCACCCGGAUCCCAGCACUGAACGGAGGGUGCGGAGGUCCUACACGGAGGAGCUGCUGGAUUUGGGGAUCACUUUCGAGGCUCCGAGCAGUCGGGCCUUUCCCCCCACCAACCCCUUCGCCCAGACACCCCCAGCUACAGUCCCAGGUGUCACUUCCUCAAACACUGUGGACAUAGAAAACAUCUUCACGAACCUGCAGCUUCAGAGAAUCACUAACGAACUCAACGAACUCAACUCUAAUAACAAAGACCUCUUGCAGCGGAAAAUUGAUUUCAGCUCCACAGAGGCGGCGCAAAUGCCAAACGCGAGUGGGCUGAGCGACGGCGGCCCCCGCCCUCCGGAAGGCGCCCCCGGCCGCGUGCAGGACAGCGCGGGGGGCGGGGGCCCGGUGGACGACGGUCAGGUCGUCGUGGUGACCCAGCUUCCUUGGGGGACCCCCCCCGGCACGAUGAGGAACAAACUGACCCUUUACUUCCAGCGUCGGCGCCACGGGGGGGGCGAGGUCCUGCGCGUGCUCUACCCCGCCCCAGAACCCGACCGGGCCUGCGUCGUCUUCCGCGACCCCAGAGAUGCUGAGCGGGUCCUGUCCCAAACGGGCCAUGUCAUCACUGUGAACGAGCAGCAGUUCCCUGUGCAGGUGCAGAGGGUGGAGCGCACUCUCGCUCAGGUCCCUGUCCCGGAUGGGGUCCCGCGGGACAAGUCCCAGAUGUUCCGCAGCCUGGUCUCCAUGGAGGGGCGGAGCUUCAGCCAGGAGGAGGUGCUGGAGGCGGUGCAGUCCUGCCGGGACCUCCCCUCCGCCCUGAGGUACCUCUCCCACGAGUGCCCAAUCUGCCGGGACCAGGUGUCCUUCAGCAAGAUCAUCACCAUGACGCACUGCCCUUGCGCGUUCUGUGAGAGCUGCUUCAGGGCCUACUUCUCGUCCGUCAUCAAAGAGAAGAGCAUCGCGAGCGUGGUGUGUCCUCUGUGCAACAGGCCUGACGUGCGGGGCCCGGGGGCCAUGGGGGAGGCCAUGGACUACUUCAGCCUGCUGGACACGCAGAUCCGUCACUACCUGGACCCCGAGACGCACGAGCUCUUCCAGAGGAAGCUGAGAGACCACGCCCUGCUGGAGAUGCCCAACUUCCGCUGGUGUGCCCAUUGCUCCUUCGGCCUUCUCCAUGAAGCAGACAGACUGAGGAUGGACUGUCCCAGCUGCAAAAAGAGCACCUGCUCCAACUGCAAGAGUCCUUGGGUUCCCCAGCACGAAGGCCUCUCCUGUGAAAUGUUCCGGAAGUGGCAGACCGAGAACAACCCUGAGUACCAGAACGCACGCCUGGAGCACCUGCUCAGUAGGAAUAAGAUAGACUGUCCCAAUUGCAAGUUCCGGUUCUACCUGUCCAAGGGGGGCUGCCUGCACUUCAAAUGCACCCAGUGCCAGUACGAGUUCUGCGAAGGGUGCCGGAGGCCCUUCAAACCGGGCUCUGCCUGUGGUUUCUCCGCUGAUUGCGGGAUGAAGGGACUGCAUGCCCAUCACCCGCGGGACUGCCUCUACCACCUGAGAGACUGGAACGUGCCCAGACUGCGCCAGCUGCUCCAGCACCACAAAGUGGCGAUCCCCCUGCAGGCCGGAGGCAGCGACAAAGGUCUGUGUGGUGUGUUGGAGCAAAGGGAAACGGCUCAACGUGAGGAGCCCUGUGGAAAACCAGCUCCUGCAGAGUACAACGGCUACUGCGAGUGCCAUUACAAGGAGUGGCUGGUGGAGCUGAUAAACCAGAAGCAGCUGGACCCGGCAGCUCUGUUCGACAGAGCCGAGCUGGUGUCGGAGCUUCAGCGCUGGGGGGUUCGAGUCCCGCAGGUGCACAGAUUGGAGCCCGAGGCCAAGUACCUGCAGCGGCUCAGACGGGCCGUGAGGCAGAUCGGCCUGGUGGCAGAGCGCGCCCUGGUGGAGAAGGCCGGUAUCGCGGCCUCUGCGUCCUGUCCGACACUGGGGGACCAGUGGGCGCGGGGGCUGCCCCCGGACUCCCAGCUGCUGCUGAUGCUCAACGACUGAGCGGAACCGGGUCCAAACGCAGUGGGACCCGUCUGGACCCCCCCCUCUGAACUGGGACAUC